ACAUGAUAUCCCAUUUACGCGUGUGCGUUCACAUCGAUCGGUUGUAUGCAAUAAUAAUUCAUUUAUGUAGUGGGAACGUGUAUGUUUUCGUGAGCUGACUUUCUGUGAAUAGUGACUUUUCAUUAAGAAUUGGUUUAGAAAAUACUCACAUGAAAAAAAUUAAGGACAUAUAAAGAAACAGGAAGAAUGUCGAAGAAAAAUUCAUUAGCGUUCCCAAGGACGGAGAAGAGGAUAAAAUUAGUGCCUCCUGAUGGGGGCUGGGGAUGGAUGAUUCUACUAGGCACAGGACUUUCCAAUAUUUUCAAUCAGUCUAUGUUGUCCCUCUUCAGCUUGCUAUACGGAGAUGCUCUGGAAGCAAUGGGACACAAGACGCAAGGAGCAGCGAUAGUCCUCAGUGUUAUGCUUUUUGUAUCGAAUUUCGGUGGUCCGAUCGCCGGUGUUCUAGUUAAAUUGACGUCAGCCAGAUUCGUGUGCGUCACUGGAGCUGUAUUUUGCACCACAGGAAUAUUCUUUAGUGGAUUUUCAACAAACAUAGUGCACUUGAUUUUAACUUACGGUAUACUUUUAGGUUUAGGUUUAGGUUUUAUUCAAAAUGCCGGAUUCGUUUCUAUCAAUAGUUACUUUAAGCUGAAAAAGAGUAUUGCAGUCGGAAUAGCAAUGGCAGGAACCGGCAUUGGGCAGACCAUAAUGCCUCAUGUGGUGCGAUAUCUCUUGGAUCAUUAUGGAUUUAGAGGAGCAUGUUUACUUCUCUCUUCUCUCAGCUUACAUGGGAUUUGCGGUACAUUGUUAAUACAGCCCGUGGAAUGGCAUAUGAAAAAAGUAGAAGAAGAAGUAGUAAUUGAUGAAAAAAUAUCGCUAUUGGAGAACAAUCACAACAGUAAUGAUGAAGUAUACAAGGGUAAUAGACGCGCAACUGUCCCGACAAUAUUGCAUGAAAAUGGCAAGGAAACAGAAAAUUCUCACAAAAUAUUUCAAAGUCAUUCCGAAUUACAAGUGCAUCAAAAUGGUAAAACAAAUGGUCAUAUGAAUGGACAUAACAAUCCAGAACCGAAGCAAAACAAAACAAUCCUGAGAAAAAUAUACGAUUUGCUUGAUAUUUCUCUGCUUUCCAAUCCACGUUUCUUAAAUGUCAUACUCGGAACAGCUUUAACAUUUAUUUCCAUCCAAAACUUUAGCAUGCUGUACCCACUUUUCCUUCAGAAAGUUGUGGGUAUGAAUAAGCAAGAAACUGCCAACUGCAUGUCAGCAGUAGCAUUUGCAGAUAUUAUAGGUAGACUUUCAUUGCCGCAAGCGCAAGCAAAAUUCAAAAUAUCAGCCAGAAUGACGUUGGUAUUGACGAGUAUUUGGUUACUCGUAAUAAGACAAAUUUUAGCGUAUCAAACAGAUAUGUUCGUUUUGCUUGCUAUGUCAUCACUAUAUGGCUUUGGGAGAAGUAUGGUCAUUGUAUCUAGGAAUAUAGCAAUCUCAGAACAAUGUAGAAUGGAUCAAGUAGCGUCAGCUGUAGGUCUAGGGAUGUUAAGUAUGGGAAUCAUCGUCCCACCGAUGGGCUAUUUCCUGGGCUGGAUAAGAGACUAUACUGGCAGUUACAUAAUUUGCAUCACUGCACAAAACGCUAUACUAGUACUAUUUCUAAUCAUGUGGAUACCGGAUAUGCUACAUCAAUAUUACCAAGAUAGGAAAAAGAAUAAAAGUAUAGAAGAAGAGAUGCAGAUGACGUAAGGCGCAAAUACUAGAUGAAUUCACGCAGACUGUGAUAUUAAUAAGCCAAAUGAAACAAGACUAGCAUAAUUGUGAAGUAAAAGGCUGCAUAAUUGUUGAAUAUAUGAGGCCCUACCAAGAGAAGUUGGCUGUGAUGUUUUCAAAUGUAUACGUGUACAAUGUAACUUAGUUUACACCAGUUAGCAUUUAUAACAUUGAGACUGAUGUAGUAAUUUGUGUGAAAGGAGGACAUAAUUAAUAUAUUAAUUUAAUUUACUAAGUGUACGUUAUUUCUAGUCUAAGUAAUAAAUUAUUUUGUUU